CAGGCAGUUGGACCACUUUAUUAGGGUCCUCUCUCGUACUUGUACCUCCAUCCCGGCCGAGCUCCAACGCUAACUACUAGCCUACUACUACCCCAUGGCGGACGACAUGGCCUGCAAGCACCUCGUCCUUGUCCACGGCGCGUGCAUCGGCGGCUGGUCCUACUUCAAGGUGGCAGCGCGGCUCCGGUCGGCCGGGUACCGCGUCACCGCGCCGGACCUCGGCGCGUCGGGCGUCGACCCGCGGCCGCUGCGCGAGGUGCCGACGUUCCGCGACUACACGGCGCCGCUGCUGGCCCUCCUCGGCUCCCUCCCGCCAGGGGAGAAGGUGGUCCUCGUCGGCCACAGCCUCGGCGGCGUCAACGUCGCCCUUGCCGCCGAGCUGUUCCCCGAGAAGAUCGCCGUCGCCGUGUUCCUCUGCGCCUUCAUGCCGGACCACACGUCGCGGCCGUCGCACGUGCUCGAAAGGUUCAUCGAUGAGAAGUGGCUGGACUGGAUGGACACGGAGAUGAAACCACAGGACGCAGAGGGCAAGCUCCCCACUUCCAUGUUGUUUGGGCCACAGAUUGCACAAGAAAAAUUGAUGCAGCUGUGCUCGCCAGAGAUGAUGAGGCUGUUGGCAAAUAGCAAGUCAACCCGCAAGAUGGUGGUACUCGUUAACUCAUACAUGGGCGCUAUAAAAGAGAAAAAAAACGCACCUCAUCUAGUUGCAGAUCCAUUAAAAAAUGGGAAUCUCCGGUUUUUAAAGGUGAUCGAUAUUGCUGUGGUGACUGAUAGCUGCUAAAUUGUCAAUUAGCUAUCCGCCACGCACCUGGUCACUUUACAAACAAGUUUGUUUGAAAGGGAUUAUUAAAAAUAUCAUUUUGUUUAAAAACUUUUGGAGGUGCUACAGUAACUAUGUAAUCAUAGCCCAGUACGUUAUAAAUUUCAUAUAAGUUGUGUUACGGUGUUACCCCACGACAUCGAUAAUUUUUUUCAAGCGACCUAGAUUUUUUGUUAAAUCUUGAAGGUCCAGAAAUCGAAGUCACAAUGUACUUACAUCCUGCUACAUAAUCCCAAAUAAUAACGAGAGCAAAUAUUUACUCCAUUGUAUUUUAAUAGGUGAAGUCAUUAACUUUUUGGCAUUGUAUUUGACAUUUUAUCUAAAUAUGCGAAGACAUACAAGUUACAAUGAAAUACAUUUAGUAAUAAUCCAAUAUCAACGAAAUAAAUAAUACUACAUAAAUUUUUAAUAAUACAAAUGAUCAAACUAUACCAAAAAAAAUCCACUUAUUUGCCUAUUGAAACACAGACAGGGUACAACAGUAGCUAUGCAGCUACGCAGAACAGUACGUGCAAUCAAUUCAGUUGGAGCAUGCAUACCGCGCGCUGAAAUUGCUCAUCGAUCAUUUCGUCUUUG